UCUCGCCCGCACCCAUCCGCCUGCGAGCCCUCUCCUCCCCCCGCGCCCGCCCGCCCGCCCGCUGCCUUCCGCUCCCCGCUUCCUCCCGCCGGCCCGCGCCCCAGAUCUGCGGCGGCGCCGCCGCGCGUGCCGGUGGGUGCUGCUGCUGCUCUUCCGAUGCAUUCAGCCGCGGCUCACGCUCCUGUCUUCCUCCUCUUCUCUUCUGUGCGUGCAGUGGGGGGCGGCAGGCGGAUCCUGCUCGGUUGCUGCUGAUGAGCGCCUAGGCGGCCGCCGCACGACCGCACGCGCCCCGCUCCCGAGAAAAUGGCGAUGAUGGUGGAUCCCCCCAAUGGCAUGGGGAACCAAGGGAAGCAUUACUACACCAUGUGGCAAACCCUAUUUGAGAUUGACACCAAGUACGUGCCAAUCAAGCCCAUCGGCAGAGGAGCUUAUGGAAUAGUUUGCUCGUCUAUAAAUCGCGAGACCAAUGAGAAGGUUGCGAUAAAAAAGAUAAAUAAUGUCUUUGACAACCGCGUGGAUGCACUAAGGACACUGCGGGAGCUGAAACUCCUUCGGCACUUAAGGCACGAGAAUGUUAUUGCUCUGAAGGAUAUAAUGAUGCCGGUGCAUAGAAGGAGCUUCAAGGAUGUUUACUUGGUUUAUGAGCUCAUGGACACUGAUCUGCACCAAAUAAUUAAGUCAUCUCAACCACUUUCCAAUGACCACUGCCAGUAUUUCCUUUUUCACCUGCUCCGAGGCCUGAAAUACCUUCAUUCAGCUGGGAUACUCCACAGAGACCUGAAGCCAGGGAACCUCCUAGUUAAUGCAAACUGUGAUCUGAAGAUAUGUGAUUUUGGACUUGCCCGCACCAACAACACUAAGGGUCAAUUUAUGACAGAAUAUGUCGUCACCCGUUGGUACAGAGCACCUGAGCUGCUGCUCUGCUGUGACAACUAUGGAACAUCAAUAGAUGUCUGGUCUGUUGGAUGCAUAUUUGCAGAGCUACUUGGUCGCAAGCCAAUUUUUCCAGGAACUGAGUGCCUCAAUCAGCUUAAGCUCAUAGUCAAUGUUCUUGGCACCAUGAGUGAGGCUGACCUUGAGUUCAUUGACAACCCAAAAGCUCGCAAGUACAUCAAGUCCCUUCCAUACACCCCAGGCAUUCCCCUGACUAGCAUGUACCCGCAAGCACAUCCUCUUGCCAUCGAUCUGUUGCAGAAGAUGCUAGUCUUUGAUCCCUCCAAAAGAAUUAGUGUCACCGAGGCUCUGGAGCACCCUUACAUGUCUCCACUGUAUGAUCCGAGCGCAAACCCUCCUGCUCAGGUGCCCAUCGAUCUUGACAUUGAUGAAAAUCUUGGCGUAGACAUGAUUCGGGAAAUGAUGUGGCAGGAGAUGAUCCACUACCACCCCGAGGUCGUCACAGGGAUGAGCAUGUGACAGGCAGCAAUGAACAUGUGGCAGAGAUAUGCUAUAUUAGGAUAGUCACAUGUUAGCCUUUUGUAUGAGCUUACUGCAAUUACAGCACCUAUCAAGUUAUGACUAUAUGUAUCAGACUGCUGUCAGGUGACCUCUUGUGUAAAUACGUGCUCAAUAAGAUGUGUGGAGUUUUCUUGUUUCUGUAGUACAUGGACUACAUUGCUGUAUGAGUAUGCCUGUAUGUGAAGCGGAACUCGGUAUUUAAGACUUUGUAAUUUUAGACUCUGAUCUGCUGUAUGGAAAUCUGAAGGCCUUGGUUCCAGCUUUUUGGUU